UCCAUCCGCAUUCUCGAAACAGCCGACUGCUGAUAUAUCAUGGCUAGCACCGCAAUACUACCGAGCAGGUAUUCUUCGCGAUCCGCGGAUUUGCCGCACGACCGACGCAAUAACAGGGUCGCUGUCAAUGGUGGGUCCACCAUCGUUCUUGAUAGAUCAGACUUAUUUAGCGUGUCGCCUAUUUGUCCCGGACUGGCUCUCUGUGGCGCUCUGUCCAUUUACACGGAUAAAGAAACGGUAGCCGCGCUUCGGCCAACGUGUCUGAUCAAUUGUGCCGGCGAGCUUCCCGACACGCCGCUACCGGAUACCGUGCACAGGUACCAUAAGGUACCAGUGACGGACACCGCAGUUACCGACCUCGGACCACACAUGGACACGGUUACGGAUCUCAUACACCAGGAAUAUAUUUCUGGAGGUACAACAAUAAUACAUUGUGCAGCUGGAGUGAGUAGAUCAGCUGCUUUUUGCAUUGCAUACUUGAUCAAAUAUCGUGGUAUGACCAUGAAUAAUGCAUAUCGUCACGUAUCUAAAUGCAGACCUUGUAUAAAUCCAAAUACAGGAUUUAUUAACCAACUAAUAGAAUUUGAAAGAAAAUAUAGAGAGGAAUAACAGUGUAUAAAAUAACGUUUAUAAUACACAAAAAUCAUUCCAAAAAA